AUGGCGGCGGCGCUGGGGCGGGCGGCGGGACGGGCCCUGCCGGGGUCCCCGCCGCUCCGGGUCCGCGGGUGCGGACACGCGGCCGGCUGGGACCGGCGAGAGCGCUCAUACUGGCGGGCGCUGCGGCGCCGGGUGCUGGGCCCGCCCGUGCCGCCGUUCGCCGCCCCGGUGCAGGUGGGAGCCCCGGUGCUGCGCGGCGCCGCCGCCGCCGUGUCCCCGGAGCAGCUGGGCGGCCCCGAGCUGCGGCGGCUGGCGGCGGCGCUGGCGGCGGCGCUGGCGGCCGGGCUGCGGAGCGGGCCGUGCCUGGGACUGAGCGCUCCGCAGCUCGGGGUGCCGCUGAGGGUGUUCGCCGCAGAGCUGCUGCCCGCCCGCUGUGCCCGGUACCCGCCGGCGCUGCGCCGAGCGCACGGCAUCGAGCCCUUCCCGCUCCGCGUCCUCGUCAACCCCGCGCUCCGCGUUCUCGACGCGCGCCUCGUCACCGGCCCCGAGGGCUGCGCCAGCAUCCACGGCUUCUCCGCCUACGUCCCGCGGCACUGGGCCGUGCAUGUCUCCGAUCCUCUCACUCUCAAACGGGUCCCCCCUUUUUUCCCCUUUAAUCAUCCCCCUCGACCCACCGCUACCCCGGCCACAGGCGUGGACGAGCUCGGGGUGCCGGUGAGCUGGGAGGCAUCAGGCUGGGCUGCCCGGAUCAUCCAGCACGAGAUGGACCACCUGGAUGGGAUCCUCUACGUCGACCGCAUGGACCCCCGCACCUUCACCAACGUGAGCUGGAUGGAGCUGCUGGACUGACCCCACUGUGCUCACAUGCAUUUGCCCUGACCCUGGUGAAAGAACCAGCACAGCUCUGGGGGCUCCCACUCAGCUUUAUUGCAGCCAAUACAGACCUGUGGCCUCA